GUAACCCCUCUCAAAAAAAAACGAAAAGCACACCUAAACCAAUUUUUUUUUUCUUAAAAAAAAAAAAACAGAUCUUAGCGCUCAUUUCUUGUGAUUUGAGUGCUUAUAUUAUAUUUUCCCUGAUCUUCUGGAUUUGUCUGCGAGUGAUUGAAAUCAGCGGCCAUGGUUUCAACGAACAAGCUCAAAUCCGUCGAUUUUUACAGGAAAAUUCCUAGAGAUUUGACGGAGGCAUCGUUAUCAGGUGCAGGAUUAUCGAUAGUAGCUGCCCUAGCUAUGGUGUUUUUGUUUGGAAUGGAACUUAAUAAUUAUUUAACGGUCAACACCUCUACAUCUGUGAUUGUUGACAAUAGUUCUGAUGGAGAGUUCUUACGUAUUGAUUUCAAUCUUAGCUUUCCUUCACUCUCAUGUGAAUUUGCAUCGGUUGACGUGAGUGAUGUGUUAGGAACUAACAGGUUGAAUAUAACAAAAACAAUCCACAAAUUCUCAAUUGAUCAUGAUUUGAAGCCCACUGGAUCUGAGUUUCACUCUGGACCAGUUUUGCAUCACAUCAAUCACGGAGAUGAAGUUCAUGAAGAAGGCAGUGAAGGUUCUGUAUCACUCAAAGCUCAUAAUUUUGAUCAAUACUCGCAUCAGUAUCCAAUUUUAGUUGUCAAUUUUUAUGCUCCUUGGUGCUACUGGAGUAAUCGCCUGAAACCUUCAUGGGAAAAGGCAGCUAAAAUAAUAAGAGAAAGGUAUGAUCCGGAAAUAGAUGGGCGGAUUCUGUUGGCUAAGGUUGACUGCACUGAAGAAGGUGAUCUAUGUAGGAGGAAUCACAUACAAGGGUAUCCAUCAAUUCGUAUUUUCCGUAAAGGAAGUGAUCUUCGGGAUGACCAUGGACACCAUGACCAUGAAUCUUAUUAUGGAGAUCGAGAUACAGACAGCCUGGUUAAGACAAUGGAAGGUUUGGUUGCACCUAUUGCAAUGGAAUCUCAAAGGCAUGCUUUGGAGCAUAAAACUGAAAAUGCAACAGAGCAUGUUAAAAGACCAGCUCCUUCAGCCGGAGGAUGUAGAAUUGAAGGAUAUGUGCGUGUAAAGAAGGUUCCAGGCAACCUCGUGAUCUCAGCUCGCUCAGGAGCCCAUUCGUUUGAUUCUGCGCAAAUGAACUUGUCACAUGUCAUAUCCCAUUUCUCGUUUGGUAUGAAGGUUUUGCCCAGGGUAAUGAGUGACGUGAAGCGUUUGAUACCUCACAUUGGUCGAAGUCAUGACAAGUUGAAUGGCCGAUCAUUUAUUAAUCAUCGUGAUGUAGGGGCUAAUGUCACUAUAGAGCAUUAUCUCCAAGUUGUUAAAACUGAGGUGGUUACAAGAAGAUAUUCAGCUGAGCACAAAUUAAUAGAGGAGUACGAAUAUACAGCUCAUAGCAGUUUGGCACAAACUGUCUACAUGCCAACUGCAAAAUUCCAUUUUGAGCUCUCUCCCAUGCAGGUUUUGAUCACUGAAAAUCCCAAGUCUUUUUCGCAUUUUAUCACCAACGUCUGUGCCAUAAUUGGAGGUGUCUUCACGGUGGCUGGUAUAUUGGAUUCAAUUUUGCACAACACAUUUAGAAUGAUGAAAAAAGUAGAACUCGGCAAAAAUUUUUGAUAGGAAGAUGAAAUUUGAUGUAUAAACUCUGUUCUGAUACUCCUUAUUUAGCAAGGAUUUGAUUAGAACAAUUACGGUAUUUACCUGGUUUUGAAUUGUUAUAAGCUAUUCUAAUUGCUAAUACAAGAAAUUUUUCAUCGCUCUCUGCAA